GCUCAUAACGUAUUUUUCAAGAAUCUGUAUAAAAAGUAUAAAAAGUCAAAAAAUUGAUUUCUACAUACAAUGUGAAUUUCUGAACAACGAAGAUUGUAUAAAAUUAAUAAAUUAUUUAUAUUAACAUUAAUUGGAAUUCGAAAACUACAAGAUGGAAAUCUAUUUGAACGAUUCAUUACUUUCUAAAUGUUUUUUUGCGUCAAAAAAUAAGAAAAUACGAAAAAUACUUUCCGUUGAAACAAUCUCAGAUGUUGACCUUCAUCAAAUAUGGGAUAGUAUAAGAGAAAUGAUACGUGACACAGAAAUAGAAAAAAAAGACAGAAAUUAUUGGUCAAUGACUUUUUUAAAAGGAGCACUGCAAAUUCGUGAUGAAAAAUUAAAUAUUCUUUUGGAGAAAGCUAAACUAUUUACUGAAAAUGAUAAAGAAUUGAGGAAAGAAGAAAGCAUUGUAAGAGAAGAAAAUGAUGAUAAAGAAGAAGCACCAAAAACUCCUGAAAUUACAAAAUUAAAUUUUCCUGAUAUUCCCGAUGAUAUAAAUCUUCUUUCCGAGCAGCAAGAUAAAGAGAUUCACAUACCAAGGAUUUCUUCGUCACCUUCAUUUGGAAAACUAGAUUUUGAAAGAAUGAUGCAUGAGUUUGAGCUUGAGUUUGAACAUCCAGAACUUGAGAAUGUUUCAGCUUCUGACAUAAUGCCAGAAACUCCUUCAAAGCGACCACAUUCCUUUGUUCGUGGUGAUGAUACUCCUAGUAAAAGAAGGAAAAUUUCAUCAAUGUUUCUAGACGAUAUUGAAGCAGGAAGAGAAGCAGAACAGGUUGGAGACAGUAACAUGGAACUAGAUAGAAAUGAACCAAUACAGCAGUUUUUAGAUGAGAAUGAAGUGGAAGGAGUUCGAAGACUAGAUGAAAAUUCUAGGGAAAUGGAGAUAAAUGAAACGAUACCUCCGGCUGAAAUUAUAAAUGAAAGAGAACAUGAAGAGCAAAUUGAUAGAAAUAUUCCGAGAACUGAUAUCGUGGAAAAUCCAGAACUAGAAAUAAUGCCACAAAUAAGUACAAGUACUGAUGAAGAAAUUCCAAAUUCUAGACCUAAUGUGAAAUUAACUAAAAUUAAAUUAAACAAAAAGAUUUGUCUUCCUGAGCAUUUGAUUUAUCAAAGGAAUUAUAAUUUUUGCGAAAGGAAACUGAACAUUGAAUCAAUGCAAUUAGCACAGCUAUCUUCGAAGGAUUUAUUAAAAACGCCAAGCCGUGAAAUUGAAAAUGAUAAUCUUUUGGAAUUAUUUGAUGACAUAUUUUGUAAUAGUUUUUAUACAUUGCAACCAAGAACUUCAAAUGUUGAACAAGAAGAGGAACAAGAAGAAGAGCCAAGAGUUAAUGAAACUAUUGACUUUGAAAUUGAAAAUGAUAAUAGACGAGUUAGCGAGGCUCCUUUGGAAGAACAAAUUCCUGAUAUAGAUGUUACUGUUGCCAGAGUAUCUCAUGCACAGGAUUCGAGAAGAAGAAGAACCACAGAUUGUGUGGUUCAAGUACCCAGUAUUUCAAUUGAUGAUCAGACAAUGGGAUAUGAUACUUUUGAACCUAUUUCAGAGCCUGCUUUAGAGUCUACUUUUGAGCCAGUUAUACAACGUUCAAGGCCAAUACUUGUCAGAAAAAGUGAAGAAGAGAUAUUUGCAGAAAUUGUUAACCUUUUGUCUUCUGAAGAAACAGAUUCUGUGAAUUUAGAUAAAAUUAUUCCUCCUGAUAUCACUAAUAGAAUAACUGCAGUAAGAUGUUUAAUAUGUCUUUUGGAACUGAUGUUAAAAAGGAAGAUUCUAUUAUCUCAAGAAAUAUGUUACGGGCCUAUUUAUGUUCGGCUAGUGAUACUAAUUUAGGAAAAAAGAACCUCUCUAAUGUUACAAAACAAAAAACUAUUUUGAUAUUUCAGUAUUUUCUUUGUGUUAUAUAAUUUAUCAGAUACUGAUAAUUUUUAUUG